GGCUAAACGCAAGAAGCUCCCCCCUUUGAGCGUUCAAGAAAUAAAUUUAGAGUUUUGGGAAAAUAUUCCAAUUAUGCCCAUAAAAAUGUAGCGCCUAUUAGCUUCUCCAUGGCUCCGUGCUUAUUUGUAUCUCCUUAUAUAAGCCAUGGUUGAUCCCUGGAAAACUAGGGUUUACAGAGUAUUUUCUUGUGCUUAAGAGUUGUUCCUCGAGGAAGAAUCUGGGCAAUGGAUACCAAUUCUUUUCAGGCCUCCGACAAGGAUGAUUUUAAAUGAAGUGGAAGCUGGAAUUGUUGCAUAUGUUUUUGGCCGCAAUAAGGAUUUUGAUAGGGAAGAGAUCCUGAUUGACACAAAUUACAUGACGGGAAAAAGGGAAGCACUUAGAUCUCUUAUCCCCAACGAAAUGAUAGAUGGAGAGGUAAUGUCUUUGGUUGCUUGCAUGCUUUCCUUUCAACAACAAGAAACAAGGUGUUGGUUCUUACCACCGGUCUUCGCGCAAUUCGUUCUUAGCUGGACUCGUUCUCCGGAUAGGGUCAGAGAAAUUUUAAAGGAUACUUUUUUUGGCAAAGUUGAUGGAUUGAGAAAGAUAUUUGUACCUAUUAAUGAUGGAAAGCUUCACUGGUUUCUCCUCGUCGUUGAUAUUAUAAGAAAAGAACUAACUUUGUUAGAUUCUUUAAAAAGCCCAUCGACAUUCAACGAAAGGAAGAGGAUUGUACGCCUACUGGCAAUAUUUAUGGAUCAAAUGUUGGAGGAUAAAUCUUUUUACCACCAGCACAGUGUCACCGAGAAACCAAAAGUAUCAGAAUUUGCUAUUGUGGAGCCAAAAAGUAUAGGUCAACAAGCACCAGGCUCUUUUUAAGGUGAACAGAGAAUCAAGGAUGCGCCUUGCAAUAGAUUUGAUCAAGUUAUAGCACUUUCAAUGCGGAAUUGGGAGAGUCUAGAUAGAGAAAACAAGAAGCUUGUGAAAAUCACACUAUAGUGAACUUGAUAUUAGUAGUUUUAGUGCUUUCUUUUCCAUUGAACAAUCAUAAACUUUGUUAUUUUUUCCAGGGGGUAUCAAUUACAAAUGGUGAACUAAAAUUUAGUCGUUUAU